GAAGUGCAUUCACAAUCAUGUUCCGGUGGAUUACUACAGCUGCUGGAAUGAGGCGCAAACAGAAGAUUUUUAAAUUCUGUAAAACUUUAAAGCUAUAACCAUAGCAGAUAUGUAUACUUACAGAAAGAGGACAACGGACGUUAACAUGGAUAAUCAAAAUGUUGAGGCAAGGUUCAGUCUGGACUGUGUGGAGCAGAGUGGCAUCGGUAUUUCCGGAUUCUCAGAUGAGAUCUUGUUGAACAUUCUGACACACGUUCCCAGCCAUGACCUGGUGUUGAGUGUGGGGCGAGUCUGUAAGAAGCUGAAGACUUUGAGUCUGGACAAGAGUCUCACCAAUAAUGUCCGACUCUCCAAAGAAUACCUGGCAAGUGAUGAUGCAGUUAAGCAAGUGGUGAAAGAGUUGGCGAGUGAGAUUCAGACCCUCAGCAUGAGUGGCUGCUACUGGCUGUCUGGCUCCACCAUCGACCAGCUGACCAGGUGCAAGGGCUUGAUCAAGCUGGACCUCACAGGCUGCCGGCUGACGUCUGUGCGUCUCUCGAAGAUUCUCUCCUCGCUCCAGUCCCUGCGCUCUUUGGCAAUCGACAUAAACGCCGGCUUUGACUCCAACCAGCUGAGCAGCGAGAGUAAGGCUACCCUGAGCCAUGUCAGCGAGCUCAAGCAAACUCUCUAUACUCCAUCAUAUGGGGUGGUGCCCUGCUGCACCAACCUCGAGAGACUGCUGCUGUAUUUUGAAAUCUAUGACCUCACCAGAGAAGGGGCCACCAUUUGUUGCCAGCUGAUGGUGGGUCAGAGCAGCAUCCUGCAUUACCAGAACCUGCAGGUGUUUUACGUCAGGCUGGCCCCCGGCGAGGUCAAUCAGACUCUUGUGGGCCUGUACCUGGCUGUCUUCAGCAUGCGAGUCCCGGAGCACUUGCGCACCUUUGUCAUUUCAGUACCUGGGAAUAACCCCGGUAGCUGGCCGGCAGCCAAGAGCCUCCUGGAGGGAAUGGCCAAAAACGGGGCCCUGGAGGCCCUCCAGCUGCCCAAGACGUGGGUGGACAACGCGGCGCUGCAGCACAUUCUCAAGCACAGCGUGCCGUCCCACCUGAACUUCAGCCGCUGCUCGGCUUUCGGAAACCACCUCAUCCACAGCGUGCUGAAUAGCGUUAAGGACCUCAGGCGCUUGGUGAGCUUGAAUCUGAGCGGCUGUGUCCACAGCCUCUUCACAGACUGCACCUGGAAGGCCGAAGAGGACAUAGACUGCCACGCGAUAGAGGCACUGGUGAGCUCCUGUCCCAACCUCAAACAUUUGAACCUGUCCGCCGCUCACUACCACGGCACCCCGGGCUCGGAGGAGCACCUCUGUGCCACGCUGGCCAAACUCAAGAGCCUGCGAUCCCUCGCUCUGCCCGUGUGCGCUGUCUCUGACGGGUUCAAAAGCACUGACCACGCAGCAAGAGAGACCACUUCACUGCUGCCCAGUCCUCUCAUGCUGGGCCUCAAGAAGAGCACCCGUGUCGGCCUGCAGACGUACAAGGUCAACACUGAGCAGGCGGACAGUGAGUCUAGCUGCAGCUUCAGGGUGCUGCUGAAGGGUAACCCUUUUUUGGAAGAGCUGGAGCUGACGGGGUCAAACUUCUCCUCCGCCAUGCCUCGAUACGAGCCCGCCAUCCGCAAAGAGCAGGCAGCCUGCAGGUGGGCGGGGCAGAUAGGAGACUCGGAGGUGGCGGCGCUUGGGGGCCUGGCCUUUCUGCGGAGGCUGACGUUAGCGCAGCUGCCAGGAUUCCUCAAGGGGACAGGCCUGGUGCAGGUGGCCAUGAAGUGCCGAGAUCUGCAGAUGCUCUCUCUGGCCAACCUGGGAAUGCUGAAGAACAUGGCCUACAUGCCGGCCCUCAUCGAAGCGCUCCCUCACUGUAAACAGCUUAAAGACCUCAGACUGGAGCAGCCCUAUAUCAAUGCCAGCGCACGCUUCUUCCAAGCUCUGAGUCAGUGCCAUGCCCUGCGGCGCCUCUGCAUCAUAUCCCGCAACGGGACCUUCCAGUCCGACGCGGUGAUGUCAUUCAUGGACAGCUGCCGUGAUGUCAUCGUGUGCCACAUGUUCAUGGGCGGGAGCCUGGUGGCGUGCAAGAGCCUCCAGAAAGCCCUGCAGGACAGCUUCGGGACGCAACGCCCGGCCCUGAACGUGGUGAUCUACCCCCUUCUGCAUGAAGACCUGGCCCUCGUCAUCAGGGACAUGCCCCUCCUCCACCUGGACGAGAUCACCCUCUUCAAGAGCCGCGUGGCGGAGGACCCACCUCACCUGUGGUGGUGA